CCUUCUUGAUCCUGAAGUGGAAUAGGUGCCGCUGUUGCUGCUCGUGCUGAGUCUAGAGCCACAGCCGGACAUGGGGCUGGAGGACGAGCAAAGGAUGCUGACCGGGUCUGGAGAUCCCAAGGAGGAGGAAGAGGAGGAGGAAGAAUUAGUGAUAGGACUGAGGCUUUCAGUGCAUACUGGCAACCUUGGAAGGCAGGAAUAUGAAACUUUCCCAUACUACUUAGCAUCAGAAUUGAAUGGGAGACCCCAUUCUGCCAUUUCUGGUGGCAGUGUGGCUCUGCCAGCUGGCCUUCUGCACGGAUCCUCUAACAACAGUGAGAGAGCAAUGCGAGCAGAUAGAGAAAUGUAUAAAGGCUCGGGAGCGGCUGGAGCUCUGUGAUCAGCGGGUAUCCUCCAGGUCACAGACGGAGGAGGAUUGCACAGAGGAGCUCUUUGACUUCCUGCAUGCAAGAGACCACUGCGUAGCCCACAAACUCUUUAACAGCUUGAAAUAAAUGUGCAGAUUCCUUCACCCCAGCCUUCAGCACUUGGGCAUCAGGAUGUUUCCUUAUGGUUUUGGACAUGCCAUUUGUUUCGUAUUUGUGUAACUAAGUUCUUGUGGACCUCAAGGAUUUUGGCAUAGGCAAGUAGCAUCUAUGUAAUUAUCAGUGAUUGCAUCUUAAUAAAGUCCAGUGAUCAGCA